CGGGGCCACCUUCACUGUUGCUGCCUAAAAGAAUGACUCCUCAUUCGACCUUCCACAAUUUUCAAAAUCCCAAGCUUACAUCGACCAAAAUCCCGAGGUCGUCCAUAUUUUUAUCUUCGCCACUCCACAUUUUGAUUCAAUCCAAUUCUCACCUUCUCAAAUCACCAUCAUGGCACCUGCAUCCAAACCAGAAUCCCCCCUCAAUGAUCUCACCCCUUUACUUGAAUCUCUGUUGAUUGGCACCUCCCCGGCCGCGCAGUUCGUUCACAAACCGAUAACAGAGCGUGACCCGAAUUUGAAGCACGAAUCGGAGGCUGGCUCGAAGCCAGUCAUUGACUCGGCUCUAAGAUCUGAUCUAGACCCAGAGCAGCCCUGGUGCCGUCGGUGCAAGUCACCUCAUGACUCCAACCGGUCGCUGCGAAAGGUUCCCUGCUGCGGGACCUCUAUUUGCAACUCAUGCACGAAUGAAGCUGCGAAUGAAAGAUUGCAGAAUGACUUCUGGAAUAACCUUGACUCGCACCAAUGGGUAGGGUGUCUUGCCAACGCUUGUCAAAUGUUCAGUGCACCCCAGGACUUUGAUAACGGUCACCCAGUGGCCGAAGUUUCGCCUUCAAUUCGUCUUCCUCAUCAGGGGCUCAAAAAUGCGGAACGGGCGCGAGAGGUCCUCGGGAGCAUCCGUCCCCGGCCCGCUCGCCGCGAGUGGGAGCUCGCCCAGCGGCUACACAAGUCAUUGGCCGACCACAAACUCAUGCCGGACUGGUCACAGACACACUUGGAUAUGCUAUCAGCAUCGUCGUUCCCCGUCAGGUCUGGUUUUCUUACCCAGCCCGUGCCUAUCAUGACGGGCGCGCUGAAAACCGAGUCCAAGACUUGUACCCGUUGUUCUACUACAUUUCAAGCAGUAGAGACUAGCAAUGAAGCGGCAUGGGCCUAUGUGACCACCGCCUUUCCUGGGGACUGGGCGUGGAUGAUCCUGGGCCACCCGUCGAAGAAAGUGUUGCCUGAAUGUGCGGGAAAGCACUCGCUUGACAUCUGCCCCGCUUGCCUCCCCAAGCUCAUGUUUUCGGGGCUCGAGUUUCUCGAUGCUGUCUCUGGAAGCGGAAAUUACCGCUUCGUCUGCCCUAUGUGCAAGCAUGUCUUUACCCCUGUCCAAGUGGAAAGGGUUGCCCGGCUCAUUGACCCCAACCGCCCCCCGGCCACGUUGUCUGGGUUCUCAAUCUCGACGCAUUCUGCUCUGACCGUGCCAACAAAGGUAGCUGCCCUACCCAAAACCGUGACAUCUUUGUUGGGCCCUUCAGACAAGGCAAGGCAUUUGGUUGGUGGGGGUUACGGUGGUAAGGGUGACGGGUCGUCCAAGGGCGAAGACUCUGAAGGUGCUGCUCGCAGAGAGUCGUUGAUCAGCGCUCUCGUCACCAAGAAGCCCAACGUCCGGUGGGACGAUGUUGCCGGACUAACACCCGCAAAGCACGAGCUGCAGCGGGCAAUCAUCUUCCCAGCCCGGUUCCCCAACCUGUACGAUGACAAGCGCAAACCCUCGGGGGCUAUCCUCCUCUACGGACCCCCAGGCACGGGCAAGAGCUACCUCGCCAAAGCCGUGGCCACCGAAGCAGACCACACCUUCUUCAGCAUCAGCCCGAGCGACGUAACCUCAAAAUGGGUCGGCGAAAGCGAAAAACUCAUCCGCCAACUCUUCGCCCUCGCCCGCGAGCACAAACCCUCCCUAAUCUUCAUCGACGAGAUCGACUCUCUCUGCGCCAGCCGCGAGGACAGCGGACGCAGCGAGCACUCCUCCCGCAUGAAGACAGAACUCCUCAUCCAGCUCGACGGCCUGCGCCCCCCCAGCGACAGCGGCGGCGCGGGGGACAACAACUCGGGCGUGGUGGUGCUGGCCGCCACCAACCUGCCCUGGACCCUCGACCCGGCCUUCCGCCGCCGCUUCCAGCCGCGCCUGCACAUUCCGCUGCCCGACCGGGCGGCGCGGCGGCGGUUGUUUGAGGUGUGUUCUUCGGGGGGCAGGUGGGGCGGGGUGCUGGGGGAGGCGGAUGUGGAUGGGCUGGCGGGCAUGACGGAGGGGUUCUCGGGGAGCGAUGUCGCGCAGGUGGUUGGGCAGGCGCUGUCGGCGCCGUUGGAGAGGGUGCAGACGGCGAGGUUUUUUAGGGUGGUGAAGGGGGGUGGGGAUGGGGGAGGGGAGGAUGUGUAUGCGCCGUGUGAGGGGGGGGAUGAAGGGGCUGUUGAGAUGACGUGGGAGGGGGUGCCGAGGAAUAGGCUGCGUGAGCCGCCUGUGACGGUGGGUGACUUUGAGAGGGUGCUUCGCGAUCGGCGGGUGAAGGCGUCGGUUGGUGUGAGCGAGCUGCAGCGGUAUGAGGACUGGACGCACGAGUUUGGGGUUGAGGGUAGGGACUGAUGGGUUGCAUGUUGUGUUAGUCGAUGCUGCACGGGGAUUCGCUAGGUGGGACAGUUACUGCGGAGUCGAGGGGUGGUUUGAUAUGCGCUCCGCCGUUGUCACACCGCCAGCUCAUUCACAGAGUCGCACACAGGGUGCACAAGGCUAAGUAGUCGGGGAGAUACAAAUCCAGG